GGGAAAACAAAAUUAUUUCAAUUAACACAGGAAAAAUACAGAAAUCUAGGUUACAUACCUAGAAAGUAACGCCGUUGCCAAAACAAAAGUGGAUACGAUAAUUCACAUGGAAAGAACGGCUGAUGGUCGAAUUCGGACGACAGAGUGGGAGGAGAUUCAGUACAAAUAUGGUAAUAAGGUUGGCAAGUACCAAACUCAUGAACUAGAAAUUCUAACUCAGAAAAUUGCCGACAAACAUGACGAUACCUGCUUACGAUCAUACAACCCACAGGAAGAGAAGCUUGCAGACAAACUAAAUCAACGAUGCGCUGAAGGUGAAGGUCAAGAUGCCGAGAUUCCUAAUAUCAACAGCUCCGAUGAUGAAGAUGAGGUUUUGGCUGAGAUUCGCCAACGACGCAUGGCAGAGCUCAAGAGACAGCUUCAGACCGAAUGCUUUGGUACCUUGCGUCAUAUAUCAGGUGCGAACUAUGUAAAGGAAAUUACAGAAUCAUCUGAGAAGAAUUGUGUGGUGGCGGCACUCAUUAAACCUGGUCACAGCGAUUGUGAAUCAUUGCUUAACGUACUUCGCACCGUGGCCCAAAGGAAUCGGGACUCUAAGUUUGUUUCUAUGAUUUCCACUGAGGCUAUUCCUAACUUUCCAGACAAGCACCUUCCUUGUGUUCUAUUAUAUGCGAAUAAAAGUGUAAAAACCCAAAUCACUGGAUUAGAGACCUGGAAGCACAAAGGCCAGCUUAGCGUGCAUACAGUCGAACGCGUUUUGAAAGAGCAAGGGUUUUUGAACCGUGAAGACCUUGAACAAUAUGAUGCUUAAACCAUUUUUGUAACGAUAAAGUACAGUUUUACUUCUUUAGUUAAUUACAUAUAUCU